AUGUGGGUGAGGCUACUCGGCGGCUCGUCCCAGAAGAAGAAGCAGGCCGCCCCGAACAACCCGCAACAGCGGCUGGCACGCUUCCGCCAGCGCUACAAUCAGAUACUGCAAACAUGGCAGAAGUCGACCAACCUCGCCCACGACCGCGAAGCCCUGGGCAACAUCCGGCGCGGCUUCCAGGCCCUCACAGCCAUCCUCAGCGACGAGUCACGAUCCCCCGCGCCGCACAUGUGCCUCCAGUUCGCCGCCGCCCAGCAGAUAUACACGGCCGUCUCCAAGAUCGCGGCGACGGCACACGAUGAGGGUACCGUUAGGGACGCCGUGGCCUUCUACAAUGCCCUCAUCGACAGCGAGGAAGAGGACUUCCUCGAGAACGACGUCUUCGCCGCGUCGCUUAUGAACUUCAUCGACCGCACAGUCGGGUCUGGCAGCAUGGGCAUAGGAGAGGACAUCGAGGCCGACAUCGUGGAGCUGCUCUUCGGCAUCGCAGCCAAGAUUAGGCUACAGCCAGAGAUUCUGCAUGUCUGGUUCACGACCACAUCCGCAAACAGCGAGGGACGAGUGUUGAAUCCCAAAACCGAUUUCGCCGGCGUCACACAGAAAGAGGACUUCCCGUUGUGCUAUCAGCUCAUCGACCAUGUCCACCACGAAGGCCGUAUCGGGGAUUUUGCGCGCACCGGAUUGCUGUACAUAUUCGAGUCUGCGUCCAGGUCCAUGGAUCUGGAGCAGUGGAUUGUCAACAGUGAUCUGCCUACGCUCAUGGCGACCGGCUUGGGAGCACUAUACAGCCAGAUGAGCAGAAAGCUGUCGAUACUCCACCCCGCGCACGACCUGCCUCCUGUCUUACUACUCUCCGACUAUACCGAGAUGCAGCCCAAUCCACAAGCAGAGAACUUCUUCACACCCGACUUCCAGAGCCAUCUUCUCACCUUCUUGUCUUACCUUGCCUUCUGGCAAGAUGUGCUCGAGCAUUGCAGAUCUCUGGAUGUUAGAGUAACAUUGAUUGACCACUUUCAAGCUUUGUUCCUCCAGCAGCUAUUAUACCCUUCACUACUUGAGUCGUCCGACGCCGAUGGCGGUUCAUCCGUCGCAGUACUUACGUACCUUCGCCAUAUACUAGAUGCGCUUGACCACCCCGAGCUCGUGCACAUGAUGCUUCAGUAUCUACUCGCACUCCUGGACUACGCGUCUACCGCGACACCACGGUCUCCCGCAGCUGUCAAGCGCCGUCAGUCACUUAUGCUGCUUACUGCAUCGGAUAAGGAUGAAGACAAAUUGAACCCAUCCUUGUUUAAUCUGGUCGACUUGGUCUUGGGAAGUACCGCAUCGCGCAAUCCACAGACGGUCAUUGCAUCAUUGAAGCUGACGACUGUGAUAUUGAGCAAAAGCCAUGGAUACGCUCUCGGAUCUCUCGUCAAGGUGAUGAACUUGCAUCAUAAAGAACACAAUAGAACUGUUGGAUCCCUGAACAAGGAGCUUGAGCUGUACCUCAACCUCGCCAUCGAUCUCGCCGGCUUGGAAGGUGUUGAUGAAGCGUACGAGAACUAUCUAAAAGAUACUCUGAGUUUGUUGGAGUCACAUCCCUGCUCUUUGAAGACCAUCGCUUUACCCGCGACGUCUUCGAAGAGUCCAGGAUACUUCGACUCGACUGAAGCUUCAGCUAGGGAGGUAGAUCCACAUCAGUUACUUCCAGAAGACCCGCUCUUCCAAUCUCUCAUGGAUCUACUUCUGAGGUUCCUCACAAACGAUGUCGAGACAAACCUGGCGCUUACUGAGGCAUUGAUUACGCUCGGCACCUGCUCACAACUGCGUCUGGAAGGAUGGUUAUCCGUGGAUCCUGCCGACUAUCACUUCGAAAGCGACAACCCUGAAGUCGAGUCGUUCACGAAUGACAACUUGCGCGCCAUGUUCCUGGCAGAAAGGUUUCCGAAAUGGGAAUCCUCUGCUACUCCUCAACUUUUUGCAUGCCUGCAACGUCUCCAGGCGCAAGUCGAUGCCCUGCGCAGCGAUAUCAAGGACUGGGAUGAGCACGUUGCGAACCGCAAGCAUGCCUUCCGCUUCCAUCAGGAUCUCGUAGAGGAGUCAAAAAUGUCGACGCCUCAGUCAAAGCCCGCGCGACCUCCCUCAGAACCUCCAGCUGGAUCUUGGACGCCGCAAAUACCACAGCAUGUACGUAACCAACCGACGACGCCCUCCAGAGCGCAAUCUCCGAGAGGCAGGAAGGAAACCCUUUCUGAAGCAAGGAACACCCCCACUACAUCACCCGCACCAUCAAGAUAUGGAGGCCAGACACUCGUUGGUUCACCUGCCCGAGCAUCGUCCCCUAUGUCAGGAACAUACGCCGUACAGCAGCCUUCUUUGAUGUCCGACGUCGACGCUAGCAUAUCACAGAUCAGGAUGAGUCAGUUCGGCAAGAGGCGUAUUCGCUUCCGCCGGCCGGCUGGAUCAAAGGAGGUAGAGGUCAUGCUAUCGAAGUUCCAACCACCACCGAAGGAACCUUCUGAUGACGCGGCGACAGGUGCUGAGGAUGCAGAAGACGAUGAUAUUCGAGAGGCGAGCUUGCUACACAUCAUUACAAACGUGGUCAUACUGCAGAACUUUGUGUUGGAGCUGGUUGCGUUGAUGCAGGUCAGGUCAAGUCUGUUCAAUGAGGUCAGAUUCAUCUGA